UACAAUUUGAUUAGGUGACGUCAGAGUACAGAUGGAAGAAGUCGGAGCUCAAGGAUGAUAGACGAGUUUCCCUCAAGUAAUUACGAGUUGGAGAGGCGUUCAAGUGGAUUUUUCAGUCAUAUGCUCGUAUUUACAAGAUGCUAUGAACGCAGCAUUGUCUCGCGCAUGUGGAUUGAAACGCCCCUCAGACGAUAAAGCUGAUAGGUCGGGAUGGGAAUUUUGGGACCCCCCCACUCAGCAAACUGUUCGUAAAUGACAUUGCUUUGUAAACACAUUUAAAUAUGUUAUUUUCGUUGAUGCGGCGCGUGAAAUAGCUAUAGGAAGCUAAAUUCGAUGGGUGCGAUGUUCAAGUAAGAGCACGCAUCAACAGGACUAGUGAAAAGCUGUAAAACCGGAUGGAAUUUACUGUCAGUUCGUGAGUGUUUUAAUCGUGUGAAAGCCUGCCCAUUUCGUUGCUACAAGUCAAACGAGAGGUAGCGAGAGAGACCAGCCAUCUAGCCGACAAUGUGAAAGACGAGGGGCCCUAAAAAGCAAAUCCCGUUAAGUGGAAACGGCUAUGAAACCAACCCGUAACACCUGGGGACAAGAUGAGCAGUUGACUUGACGUUUUGCCUUACCUGAAACUAUAAAUAACAGUUCACUUUGACUCUCGCAACCCUCGAGAAGCGUAUUCGAAGAAUCCGAGAUCAUGGUGGCUCUCAGAUCGGUUUUAACGCCACUUGCUCGGCAUAUACACAGACAUCUCAUCAAGCAAACUAAAUGUCAACGUUUGAUACCUGUGCGAAGAUGCAACCUCACCGCAUGUUCAAGCAAAUAUGUGCUUUCUGCCUUGCAUCCAAUGUGGCAGGGACCACUCGUUGCUCCAGGGGGUAACAGACAAUCUCCUAUCGAUAUUCGGGUGCGCAAGAGCGUUUUUGAUCCGCACCUCAAGCCGCUGACCCCGGAUUACGACCCCGGGACGUGCUCACAGAUAUGGAACAAUGGGUACUCAUUCCUGGUUGAGUACGACGACACCACCGACAAAUCCAUACUUAAAGGGGGUCCUCUGGAGGAUAACUUCCGGCUGUGUCAGUUCCACUUCCAUUGGGGGGAGAGCAACGCGUGGGGCUCCGAGCACACAGUGGACCGCCGCCUCUUCCCUGCUGAGCUCCACAUGGUCCACUGGAACUCUAAUAAGUACAGCCGGUUUGAGGAAGCUGUGAUGGAGGAGAAUGGACUGGCUGUUAUCGGGGUCUUCCUCAAGAUAGGGAAGAGACACGAGGGACUGCAGAAACUAGUGGAUGUCCUACCUGCUGUCAGACACAAGGACAGUGUUGUUGAGUUCACUAGGUUUGACCCAGCCUGCUUACUGCCUGCUAACAUUGACGAUUACUGGACGUAUGCAGGGUCACUUACCACUCCUCCUCUGACUGAGGCAGUGACCUGGAUUAUCAUGAAGCAGCACAUCGAAGUCAGCCAUGACCAGCUGGCAGUGUUCCGGAGCCUUCUCUUCACCUCAGCAGAGGAGGAGGUGCAGAAGAGCAUGGUCAACAACUUCCGCGUUCAGCAGCCCCUGAGGGGCCGCACUGUGCGGUCCUCGUUCACCCCCUUCCUGCAGCAGGAGCCACCUGCAAAAGGUCCACACGCAGGCCACUGACCGGUACACACAAACUCACUCAGACCCUUCAAACUAAAAUUAUGCAAUUACCCUAGGAAGGCAUUUUUUAUUUUAAUUUUUUUAAUUUUUUUUUACUCUACAGAAGUCAUACUGCUGGCAUCUUCUUUCCAAAUGCCUUAUGUAUUCAUAAUGCACUCAAUGAUUUCACUUAAAUGACAGGGAUUUUAUAAUUCCAAUGUCACCAUCUAAAGCUGUGGUAUUCGAAGUCAGGGUUGCGACCUCUAGUUAGUUGGGUUGUGUGGGAACUGCUGUGGGUUCGCCCCCAAUUUUUUUUUUUUUUUAAGUAAGCAAAUUAAGAGUACAGAUCAUUUUAUUUGACAAUAUACAAAUGUUUUUGAGAAAGAAUUUGAAAAAUACUAUUUUGAGUAAAUGUAUUUAUUGGUUUCUUUUCAUUUUAAUAAGAGAUAAAAAUGUAAUGAAUUGAAGUUUAUUUGUUGACGUAAAAAUCAAAAUGUUUCCUUUUUAAGGUCGUGUCAUUAGAUCUGGGGUGGAGGGUCUCGAGAAAGGAUUACAAAAAAAGGGUUGGUCCCCCAUGAAAAAGUUUGAAUACCAAUGAUCUAAAGGCUUUUUUUGUUGUUAUCUGUCUCACUGUCUGCUGUCUUGUCAAUAACUGAAAGUCAUCAACACAUGGCAGGUGUAUUGCUGUAGUCGACGCUAACAUAUUUUUGAAACUCCUGUGUCUUAGGUGAAUCAGGUUGGAGAUUUUUAUGAAAGCUCUUAAUGUUUUUAAGUUGUAAACCUUAUUUAUUCACUCCUUAUUCACAGUCAAACUUUACAUGCUUCCAGAAACCAAUGAUUGAUGCUGCUGGAAUAAUUUAACGUACUAUCAACACUUAUUAUGUAAACUAAAGCUUAUGAAUAUCACCCUCUUGUGGAAAGAGUACUUCUACAGUCAUUUUUGUUCCUUGACAAAGUAUUUGAGGUGAAGGGGCAUCAUAUAUGAAUGGGGGUUUAGUUUGAUGGUUUAAGCUCUAAAUUUGUUUACAGCAUAUACCCGAAAAGAUUUAGUUCAUUGUAUUUAGGCCUAGCUAUGGCUCCAAACUGCACAAAUGAUUGUUGCUCAAUAUGUUUUUAGGUGAUUUGAUGGAUUUUAAUACAUAGUCUUGAGUAGACUAGAAUGUACAUCUCAGUAUCUUUAACUUAGAUGUAAAAGUAAUGUGUAGGGUGUACAGCUUCAAAAUGCCUUACAAGCACAGGGAAACCAGGGCAUUUGUUACAACUAAUAGGUUGAAUUCUAUAGCAAACAUUGACCUUUUUUAACAUGAGUGUCUAAGAUUAUUUUCCUCUUGUAAUCAAAUUCUUCUGUUGUACUAAAAAGGACUCUACCAUAGUGCCUUCCAUGUUAUGCAUAAUACUGACACGCACGGUCAACUCUGUUUUCAUAGAUCAAUAGCUCACUGCAGUGUCUGGUCUAAUGAAUACUGACAAUAUUAUGCCCCUCGCAGACUUUUAACAGGCAGUCGGUAGAUUGUUUGCCAGUUUCUGGUCCAGGAGCACUGGGAGAGUUUAGAGAGGGAGUCACAUGUACAUCAUUAGCCUGUUAUUCAUCCUGUUGGUUCUGUAUUUAUUUAUUGGUGGAGGUCAGAAGGAUUUGACUUGCCUUUUAGAAGCACUAGCAGCACACCGACAGGAAUCAUUCUCCUUCUGAUAGUUGUAUGUCAUUUCUUGAGACUGUUUAGCUUUGACUGUACUCUGAAAACUGCUAUUUGUUCAGACCUUGAUAUUGCAAUAAUUUGGAGAUGAUUUUUAAGUUCACAGCAGGACCAUUCAUAAAUGAAAAAUAUAUAGGUAGCUGGACAGGGAUUACAGUGGGACCAACUACAUGUAUCUUGAAUUUGAAAACAUACCUGAACUUAAUGUUAUGCUUUAAUAGCAUUUCAAAAGGUUGUUUACGGUAAAAUAAGCAUUGCUAUUCCCUAUGUUGACACACAACCAUGAUAAGUGAUAUAGAACAUUUUAUAGCAAUUGUAAUACAUAUACUAUAUGACCAAAAGUAUGCAGACACCUGCUUGUCGAACAUCUCAUUCCAAACUCAUGGGCAUUAAUAUGGAGUUAGUCCCCCCCUUUGCUGCUAUAACAGCCUCCACUCUUCUGGGAAGGCUUUCCACAAGAUGUUGGGACAUUGCUGUGGGGAAUUGAGCAACAAGAGCAUUAGUUAGGCCUGGCUCGCAGUUGGCGUUCCAAUUCAUCCCAAAGGUGUUCGAUGGAGUUAAGGUCAGGGCUCUGUGCAGGCCAGUCAAGUUCUUACACACUGAAACAGGAAAGGCCUUCCCCAAACUGUUGCCACAAAGUUGGAACCACAGAAUCGUCUAGAAUGUCAUUGUAUACUGUAGUGUUAAGAUUUCCUAUUACAAGAACUAAGAGGCCUAGCCCGAACCAUGAAAAACAGCCCCAGACCAUUAUUCCUCCUCCACCAAACUUUACAGUUGGCACUAUGCAUUCAGGCAGGUAGUGUUUUCCUGGCGUCCACCAAACCUAGAUUAAUCCGUCGCACUGCCAGAUGGUGAAGCUUGAUUCAUCACUCCAGUGAACGCGUUUCCACUGCUCCAGAGUCCAAUGGCGGUGAGCUGUAGACCACUCCAGCCGAUGUUUGGCAUGGCGCAUGGUGAUCUUAGGCUUGUGUGCGGCUGCUUGGCCAUGGAAACCCAUUUCAUGAAGCUCCUUACAGUUAUUGUGCUGACAUUGCUUCCAGAGGCAGUUUGGAACUCGGUAGUAAUUGUUGCAAUCGAGGACAGACUAUUUAUGACCUACGUGCUUCAGCAUUGGGCGGUCCCGUUAUGUGAGCUUGUGUGACCUACCACUUCGCGACUUAUCCGUUGUUGCUCCUAGACAUUUCCACUUCACAAUAACAGCACUUACAGUUGACUGGGACAGCUCUAGCAACUAAAACAAACAGCAAAUCCAUCCAAGAAAUGUGUAGUCACGAGCUUGAUGUAGUUAUUGUGUGCUAUGACUAUGGGACCAAUUACUAGUUUAGUACACAUGUGAAUUAGUCCCAAUACUUUUGGUCACCUAAAAUGGGGGGGGUGUACAAAAAGUGCUGUCAUUUCUAAACCGUUCACCAGAUAUGGAUGAAAAUACUAUCAAAUUAAAGAUAACCUUAUAGUCAUUGUAUCAUUUAAAAUCCAAAGUGCUCGAGUACAGAGCCAAAAACAACAACAAGAAUUGGCACUGUCCCAAAACUUUGGUGCUCAGAGAAAGUGAAGAGCUUAUUUGAAGUGGGUGCUAAAAAGAUUGGAGGAGAAAAGGAUUGGUUUGUUCUAUAAACACGGAAUGAAAGGGAGAGCAGACAUAGAGGGAGCUUUUGGUAUUGUUCUAUAAAGCAUUAAGUGAGAGGACGGUUGUCUUUUGAUCACUCAAUAACAAUGUCCCUGUACAAACUGUUCUCUGUACGGCCUGGCCCUUAAAAGAGCCACCUGGCCCUCUCCCCAAUAGGUCAAUUGCAGAGAAGUAGCUUGACAAUAACCUGUACUGAAAACUGAAAAGCACUGUCCAAGACUCCAGCCCUCCAUACCCACUUGACACUUAUGCCUGUUUCACUGCGUUACCUAUGAAAUUGAAGGUGACACUUUUUCACACCAGGGGUUAGGGGAACAAUGUUGGGGUACAGGGAGGAUUUGAAUGGGGGUUAUGAAACAGUUGUACAUUUUAGGUCUUGGUUUGUUGUGGGCAUUUUUAUGGGUAAGUGAUGGUAGGACAGAUUAACUUUUUUUGCUGUAACUGUGGUAAGGGACCUAUUUUCUGCCUCCUAUUUGUCUUGAUCUGUUUAGUUAUGUUCUGCCUUAAUCUCCAGUGGGAUGUUUCCUUUCACUUAACUGUAUUUUUGUUUUCAAAUUAUAAAUACUAAAAGGUACGUUAUUGAACUGUAAUGACUGUACUUUAAUCAAGACUAAUGAUCAUGAUUUAAUCUGUCAUCAAUGGUGAACUGCUGUAUUUUCAUGUAUAUGCCAUCAAUGACUGUUUUAAACUUGUCAAACUUAGUAUGCACAAUGAUCUAGAUCGAUGUACAUGUUUUACGUAAAUUGGAGUUAUGCGGAACUUCCACUUAACUUGCCCAACACCAUUGUGUCGCCAGUGUUUUUAUGUUGAUGUAAGCUCUAGUAUCAUUGUUUCCAUCAGGAGUGUGACACUAAAGACUUGGGGCGAGCAGGAUCAACAACCUCUGCAUCAUCAAGACAGUUGCUUUGUGAGGUGUUCACAGUUAGCCAUUGUUACGUGUGCUGAACAAAAAUCUAAACGCAACAUUUUCAACGAUUUUACUGAGUUACAGUUCAUAUAAGGAAAUCGGUCAAUUGAAAUAACAGACCGAAAUACUCCUCAGCACCCCCUCAGAUGAUCCCGCAGGUGAAGAAGCCGGAUGUGGAGGUCCUGGGCUGGCGCGGUUACACGUGGUUGUGAGGCUGCUUGGGCAUACUGCCAAAUUAUGUUGGAGGUGGCUCAUGGUAGAGAAAUGAACAUUCAAUUCUCUGCCAAAGGCUCUGGUGGACACUCGUGCAGUCAGCAUGCCAAUUGCACGCUCCCUCAAAACUUGAGACAUCUGUGGCAUUGUUGUGUGACACAACUGCACAUUUUAGAGUGACCUUUUAUUGCCCCCAGCACAAGGUGCACCUUUGUAAUGAUCAUGCUGUUUAAUCAGCUUCUUGAUAUGCCACACCUGUCAGGUGGAUGGAUUUUCUUGGCAAAUGAGAAAUGCUCACUAACAGGAAUAUAAACUAAUUUGUGCUGAAAAUAUGAGAGAAAUACGCUUUUUGUGCAUAUGGAACAUUUCUGGGAUCUUUUAUUUCAGCUCAUGAAACAUGGAACUAACACUUUACAUGUUGUGUUUAUAUUUUUGUUCAGUAUAAAUGCCAGCUGAAAAGUUCCUGCGGCCUAGUAUUGGGCCCAAGCCAGAGCAGGUCUGCCGGAGCCAUGGCCCACAAGUCUGAGCCUUUUGGGUAAAACACCUCAGAUGGAAACUCGACAGUGCUUCCCCUUGCUUUGUUUGCUAGUUAGCAGGUGUUUUCCUGGAGCUAGAGGAGUGUUCUACGUUUGUUGUGCUGUAGUACAUGUUGUAUUUGUUUUAUCAAUGGGUGGCCACAUUCCUGCCCCAUGGGCCAGAAUGAAAACUGCUAUUGAGGGGCUGUGGUUCAAGGGCUAAAUUGGGGCCCCUCUCCCAACAGGCCUGUUGUUUUUACCAGGUGCCUGAUUGGCCCAGUCCAGCCGAACAACCAGGAAGCCACUGCUGACAAAUGUUUAUAUAGAAGAUUUGAAAGAUGAAUAUAAUAAAGAAAUGAGUACACUAUGCCUGUGUUUUAGUAUUUUGACUUGCUGGUGGUAUUAAAAUGCUUCUAUGGAAUGGGGUGUUAAUCUGGGUAAAGUGAUGUAGUUAAGUCUGUUAUGGGACAUGCUGGUCUACACUUGAGUAAUGCUCAGCAGCCAGAACCCAGUAAUAUCUGCAGUAGCAACAACAAUGAUGUCACAAUGAUCUGGGUUGUUAUAAAGGUUCCUAUUGUCCCCUAUAAAUGAAUGAUUGUGCUGUGCUCCAUUGUCCCCAUUAGACAGGAGCCUGGGCAGGCAAUAAGGACCUGGUUCCAGGACCCAUAACGCCACACCAGACCUAGUCGGCACCUUUUGAAGACAACCGAAUGGGGCCAGGGUGUGGAUGUUCAGAUAUGUUAGGAAACAUGGUUUGAGUUUUGUCUCAACCUGAUUCAAACAGACCCUCAUGUUUAUUAUGGUUGGCCACAGGGGAUAUAAAAAUGGGAUGAGAGUUGUCUCCCAAAAGGCUGCAGGUUUCCCAUUAUUGUGUGGGAGAGUUUGAGAACCUGCUCUUUGAAGUGUGUAUAACAAAUGGGGGAAUUAAACGAACAUGCGAUUAGAGUCUAAAUAUUUUCGUCACCACAUAGCUAUCAACUCUGCAUUCAGAGCAUGAGAAUCCACCCACUGAAGCUAGGACAGCAGAGUCCGUGCCCAUCUUCCAAAAACAACUGAAACCCUACCUCUUCAAAGAGUAUCUUAAAGAUGUCUCAGAUGUAUCCUCCUAAAUGCGGAAGACACAUUUCAGUUGAAUAGAUUCAGUUGGACAACUGACUAGGUAUCCCCCCUUUCCCUUUAAAGGCGUACACUUGUAUUUUCCUAUUAGCACUGAAUCUGCCCUGUAACUUCUGUAUUGAGGAACAAUGUACUGUGACUGUGAUGUGGUUGUCUCAUCUAGCUAUCUUCAGUUUAAUGCACUUACUGUAAAUCACUUUUGAUAAAGGUGUCUACUAAAUUACUAAAAUGUCAAUGUAAAAUGUCAUUCUAAUGAAGGCCUGUGGACCUCUUUCCUCUGACCAUACACUUCAAGAUGAAUGGUGGUUAGAAAAUGAAAGGAAAAGGUCUAAUUAAAGAUAAUUUCUUCA